AUUUGAACAUUAGUAAUCGAUACCAAUUGGAGGCCAUGUCUAAAUAAGCUGACCAAAGCCCCUCGUAGUAGAGCGGUUUUUUUUCGACAUUGUUUUUCCUUUGAUUUGAGCGGAUCGAUUAACUUCUACAUUAGAAGAGAUGUAGCCGGUAUUAUUUGGAAAUCGUCAAAUGAAUCGAUUUCGGGAAACUUUCUGAGUUGAAUCGUUCACCUUUUUCGUUUGAGCGUCAUGAACUUCCAGAAUGCCGUCUCAGAGUAAAUCAGUGCUGGCGUGUCUGGUGGUGAUGGUACUGGCGUUUCUGACUUUGAAAUGCCAAUCUUCUUCAGCCUCAGCAUGUACCUCGAUCCCAACCUUCUCCAAUGCCACAUGUACGCUGCUAGACCUCUCCACUGAGGUGUACGCAGUCUGCUCCUGCGAUCCUGGGUACGAGCCUGAGGGUCCUGCCUCCGUAGCUGUGCUGAGGUGUAACGACACAGAUAGCUGGGAGGGUGACGGUCCCGCAUGCACCUUAAUAGAGUGUCCCGAUCCAAUAGUGCCAGCAUGGAGUUCUCUAGAUGGACCCACGAUCGCCGGGUAUUAUCCAGGCAGUACCGUGUCAUACACCUGCCAGGCGAGCUAUGCAGCGGUGGGCAACAGCACGCAAACAUGCCAAGCAGACGGCACUUGGUCUGGCCUCGACUUGUACUGCCGACCUUCUUGUCCGACUGGCGGCCUUCCCAACGAGAACCACUGCUAUUUCAUCAAGGAGGACCUUUUCCACGACUGGGACAACGCCCGCUUGGCCUGCGAGAGCGACGGCUACGCCCUGGCAAAGGUGGAAUCCGCCAGCCAGCAAGAUUUCCUCAAGACCGAGUUGCAUGCCAGGGGGAGUGCUCUCGAAUACUGGAUCGGCGGCCAUGAAGCCAGGCCAUGGGUGUGGGAACACAGCAAGAAGUUCCCCGAGUUUUUACCCUGGGCUCCGGGCGAGCCCAACAACCAAGGGGGCGAGGAUUGCCUACAGCUGAGCUCUUACUCUGACUCGUCAGGGACCCCUCACAACUACCGCUGGAAUGAUCAAAGCUGUGACGAUCUCAGCUACGCCAUCUGCCAGUUUGCUUCCCCGUGUCCGAUAUCAGCCUUAGCAGCAUAUAACCAAUACGACUACGACAGCCACUGUUUAGUCUUUGUCGAUGCACUAAUGAGCUGGUACUCGGCCAGGGAUGACUGCAGUUUACAAGGCGGAUGGCUGGUGGAGGUGGUGAACCAGGCAACUCAAGAAUUCCUGGUCGAGACUUUGCUGCGUGAUUUCUCAUCGGGCGUGCUCUCCCAUUGGUGGAUCGGGGCGAUAAUUAAUAACACUGUGACAGAACGCGCGUGGAGAUGGACUGAUGAUGUGUUAAUAACCAACCUCUUUUGGAAACCGAACGAGCCUAACGGCCUGGAUCAGAGUUGUAUCUCAAUGCUGAGUCUCGACGACUUCGAGUGGGACGACCAGUACUGUUACCACCUCCUCUAUCGUGUAUGUCGAUACGACUUGCAGAACACCACGUGCGGGGACCCGGGCUGGCCGUUACACGGCCAGCGAUCUGGAAAUUCCUCCAACACGAAUGGUGUGGUGCAGUAUACCUGCGAUGAAGGGUACCAGCUGAAAGGUCCCGGAUCUAGGGUCUGCCUGGCUAGCGGUGAUUGGAGCGGAGAGGAGCCCUCGUGCAAUAUUAUAUCGUGUAGUGACCCUAUCAUACCCAAUAGCAACGUCACCGUACUCUCGUCCGAAUUUCGAGGCGUGGCCAUCUUGUCAUGCGCGGAGGGAUAUAAGGUGGAGGGUGAUCCGGUCAUUCAAUGUGGUAGCAACGCUUCAUGGAUUCCUACAACUAACUGUACUAUAAUCACUUGCGGCGAACCAGCAAUCAUACCAAAUGGUAACGCUACUGUGCUAUCCUACGAGUACCAGGGAACCGCCAUGUUGUCCUGCGAGGAGGGAUAUGAAAUGGAAGGCGAAAGUAAUAUCUCAUGCCUUAGCAACACUUCUUGGAGUUCAACCAACUUCACAUGCAACGUCGUACAUUGUGGUGAACCGCCAACCAUACCCAACGCUAACGUCAGUGUGCUGUCGUAUGACUACCAGGGUGCCGCCAUUUUGUCCUGCGCGGAUGGAUAUGAAAUGGAAGGCAUGGACACGAUCUUUUGCUUGAGCAACGCUUCAUGGAGCUCAACUAAUUUCACCUGCAAUAUAAUUUCUUGCGGGGAACCACCGACCAUUCCUAACGGUAACGUAACCGUGCUGUCCUACGAGUACCAGGGAACCACAAUUUUAUCCUGCGCGGAAGGAUAUGAAAUGGAAGGCGAAAGUAAUAUCUCAUGUCUUAGCAACUCCACUUGGAGUUCAACCGACUUCACAUGUAACAUCGUGCGUUGUGGUGAACCGCCAACCAUACCAAAUGCUAACGUCAGUGUGCUGUCUUAUGAGUAUCAGGGCGCCGCCAUUUUGUCCUGCGAAGAAGGAUACGAAAUGGAAGGGAGUAAUGCCAUCUUUUGCAUGAGCAACGCUUCGUGGAGCUCAACAAAUUUCACUUGUAAUAUAAUUUCUUGUGGUAAACCACCGACCAUACCAAAUGGUAACGUUACCGUUCUGUCCUACGAGUACCAGGGCGUCGCUACUUUCUCAUGUGCGGAGGGAUAUGAAAUGGAAGGCGAAAGUAGUAUCUCAUGCCUGAGCAACACUUCCUGGAGUUCAACCAACUUCACUUGUAACAUUGUUUAUUGUGGUGAACCGCCCACCAUACCAAAUGCUGACGUCUCUGUGAUGUCGUAUGAGUAUCUGGGCGCCGCCAUUUUGUCCUGCGCAGAAGGCUAUGAAAUGGAAGGGAUGGACACGAUCGUUUGCUUGAGUAAAGCGUCAUGGAGUUCAACUAAUUUCACAUGUAAUAUAGUUUCUUGUGGUAAACCACCGACCAUACCAAAUGGUAACAUUACCGUGCUUUCCCACGAGUACCAGGGCGUCGCUAUUUUCUCCUGCGCGGAGGGAUAUGAAAUGGAAGGCGAAAGUAAUAUCUCAUGUCUUAGCAACUCCACUUGGAGUUCAACCAACUUCACAUGUAACAUCGUCAAUUGUAGUGGACCACCCGCCAUACCUAAUGGAAACGUCACCGUCGUUUCGUAUGAGUACCAGGGUGCCGCCAUUUUGUCCUGUGCGAAUGGAUAUGAAAUGGAAGGCAUGGACACGAUCUUUUGCUUGAGCAACGCGUUAUGGAGCUCAACUAAUUUCACCUGCAAUAUUAUCUCGUGCGGGGAACCACCGACCAUUCUUAAUGGUAAUACCACGGUCGUCUCGUAUGAGUACCAGGGAGCCGCCAUUUUGUCUUGCGCGGAAGGUUAUGAGGUAGAAGGCGAGGAUGUGAUAUUUUGUCUGAGCAAUGGCUCGUGGAGUUCAGUCAAUUCCACCUGCAAAAUGUUGGCCACCACAGAGUCUUUUCUGUUGCCCUCAACGAUGGGUGAUACAACAACCCAGAUCAUGUGGACAGCAGCUGGGGGUGACCCUACGACAUUAUCGCAGGCCACUGUGUCGAAGUCAACAACGACAUCUUUUGUGUCCACAACAGAAGAAUCCACAACGGCUGAGUCCACAACCGCUGAUUCAACAACAGUCGAUUCCACAACAGUCGAUUCCACAACAGCCGAUUCCACAACAGUCGAUUCCACAACAGCUGAUUCCACAACAGCCAAAUCAACAACAGCCGAUUCUACAACAGCCGAAUCAACAACAGCCGAUUCUACAACAUCCCAUUCCACAACCGCCGAUUCAACAACAGUCGAUUCCACAACAGUCGAUUCCACAAUAGCUGAUUCCACAACAGCCAAAUCAACAACAGCCGAUUCUACAAAAGCCGAAUCAACAACAGCCGAUUCUACAACAGCCGAAUCAACAACAGCCGAUUCUACAACAGCCCAUUCCACAACCGCCGAAUCAACAACAGCCCAUUCCACAACCACCAAUUCCUCAACAACCGAUUUUACAACUACAGCCGAAUCAACUACUUUUGAAUCGACUACAGACGAGUCAACUACAGUCGAGUCCACAACAUCUGAGAUGACGACUGUAGCCACAAGUCCACAAACAACGCAACCCCAAUCCUCUAUCCGCGCGACUCCACUAACUUUCAUCCACACAUCUCCAACGGACAAUCAACAAGUUCUAACACAUGGGAGUACGAGUUCAACCAACUCGGAAAACCCGUCAACUCCUGACUCAACCGACAUCGCAUCAACCACUGCACUUGUCGAUUCAACUAAAAGCCAGACGACACCGCGUGUGACCUCUUCAACCGUGACCUACUUCAGCUCAUCCACUUCCUUAUCAACAACAGAAGCUGAUAAGAAACCUACAUCAGCCCCGUUGACAGAUUUCGAGACUUUUAUGCUCAUCAUUGUCAUCUGUUUGCCAACUUUUCUCAUCCUCUUUGCGAGCGUCGUCUAUCUUGUCUUCGUGUGCAAGAACAAACGCUCUGGGAAAAAGAUCCACCCAAUGGAGACCGACGAAAUGAUGUCACAGCUCAGUGCUGACGUCAUGAAGAAUCCCCAAUCACAAGAGGACCACCAAUCUGCAAGAACUGUCUUGCAAACAGAGGGCGCUGUGUCUCGUUCCGUCAGGCCGCCAACAGGGGGCGCUCUGCCUGAAGUUAGGUUCUCUCGAUCUCAUCUUUCAAAUGAUGGGAGCAGUGUUGCAUCUUCGAGGAUAAAAUCGAAGACUAACAGUGCUAGAAGAGGGAGAAGCGGCACAGUCAAAACAGCUUGGAGUGAAGAGAGCUCCCUGCCCGUUUCAAAAGCUUCGAAGGCUUAUGUAGAGGAUUUCGUCUAGCACCAGUUGGAUUAAAAUUGUCCAUAACUGGUUCUUUUCAUAUUGGGGCCUUGUAAAUAGCAUACUACAUCACACGCAUCACACGCAGAGCUAGCUAUGUGUGAAUUGUUUACAAUACGUUGAUGGUCGAUAUUCCUUCGAUAUACUCUUCUUGAUUAGUUGCAAAUUUUCAAUAAUAAUUCUGUAGAUCCCAUUUCACCUUAAUUGAAAACUUGGAAAUAAAUGUCUCAUUUGAUAUUAAAUUCCAUCUCUUGCAUUUUUAAGGUAUUUCACUAUUUUUGUUUCCUUUUUUAGUUGCUGGCAGAAAUCUGAGUUGUAUUUUUCUAAUUCUUUUUAACUUUAUAAUACGCUAUUUCGUUCAGAGUUUGUAUAUUCUCGUCGUUAAAACAUGAGAUUAUUUUAUCAAGUGGUUCUUUUCCCAUAUUAAUUUUUCACGGAAAACAAAUAACUUGGGUGUGUCGGCAUUACGCUAUGUCGGGAUAAAGUACCAAAACUGAAACCCUAUUUUUUUGUUGACAAUUGAAAAAAUAAUUAUUAAAAGGGACUUCGAACUUUACAAACACUGAGACUGCAUCGCGUAUUGGUAACUACUAGAGUGUGGUGAUGGAUGUAUGUUGACACGAUACCACAACAGAGUCCGUGCACAGCUAUCGCAUUAUAUUGUAAUCAGUCUUCACUGCGCUGCCCACGGUAAGUUAAGCUUCAUCUCACUGCAUAAAACCUGUUGAACAAUGACAUGUAUUUUGUAAUUU